CCUUCUUAGAUGCUGUCAUUGCGCGCUAUUCCACCAACACGCGAUCGUGGAAGGAACAGGUUCGAAGCCGACCUUCCGAGCACCAUAUCGGCUCAGCCCCACGGAGCUAGCCGACAUGAAGAAAUAGAUCGAGUAUCUCCUCGCAAAAGGACUCAUCCGACCAUCUAUUUCGCCAUACGGUGCCCCAAUACUCGUCACAAGAUCGUGGAAGUACCAGGUUCGAAGCCGACCUUUCGAACACCAUGUCAGCUCAGCCCCAUGGAGCUAGUCGACAUGAAGAAAUGGAUCGAGUAUCUCCUCGCAAAAGGACUCAUCCGACCAGCCACUUCGCCCUACAGUGCCCCAGUACUCUUCACACCGAAACCAGACGGAAGCCUGCGCAUGUGCAUCGAUUACCGAGCUCUCAACAAGCAGACCAUCAAGAACAAAUACCCAAUCCCUCGAAUCGAUGACCUGCUUGACCAGCUUCGGGAAGCCAUGGUAUUUUCCAAACUAGAUCCGCGGUCCGGGUACUGGCAAGUACAAAUGGCGGACAAUUCCAUCCACAAAAAUGCCUUCCAAACUCGGUACGGGUCGUACGAGUAUCUAGUAAUGCCGUUCGGACUCACCAACGCACCGGCAACAUUCCAAGCCGAAAUCAACCAUAUUCUACGCCCACUCUUGGACGAAUGCGUGGUGCUUUACCUGGACGACAUCCUCAUAUAAUCACGCGACAUGCAGCAGCACGUCCAAC